AUGAUUUGUUUUGUAUUUUCUUUCUUUGUUGUUAUUACCCCCCACCAUCACCACCUACAGGCUUCAGGAGUCACCGUGUCAGAUGUCUGCAAAACGACCUAUGAAGAAAUCAAGAAGGACAAGAAGCAUAGAUAUGUCAUCUUCUACAUUCGAGAUGAGAAACAAAUCGAUGUAGAAACAGUUGGUGAACGCAAUGCCGAAUACGAUCAAUUCUUGGAGGAUAUCCAAAAAUGUGGUCCCGGUGAAUGCCGUUAUGGUCUUUUUGACUUUGAGUACAUGCACCAAUGUCAAGGUACCUCCGAAAGUUCCAAAAAACAGAAACUUUUCCUUAUGUCCUGGUGCCCCGAUACCGCCAAAGUAAAGAAGAAGAUGUUGUACUCCAGCUCCUUUGAUGCCUUGAAGAAAUCGCUGGUUGGUGUACAAAAAUACAUACAAGCCACUGAUCUUUCUGAAGCUUCCCGUGAGGCUGUUGAAGAGAAAUUGCGCGCCACUGACCGUCAGUAAGAUAAAAAAAA